GUAUUAUUUGAUUAUUACACCUACAUUUUGAUUACAAUUCGACGUGGGAUGGUGUAAUCAUCUCGUCAAUCUUCAGAAUGAGUGCAACAUAUUUAAGUUAAUCGUCAACAUAAAAUUGAAAUUUAAAAAACACGAUUAUAUAUUGAUCGAAGAAGAGCAAUGGCUGCUAAAGUGAUCAGUGAUAUCAAUGAGAAGGUUCUCCUGUGUUCCGUAUGUCACGGAAGGUUUCAGACUCCGAAGACACUGAUCUGUCAGCAUUCGUUUUGCUUAUCGUGCAUUGAAGGCUGGGUGAAAACCAAUGGAGGUGUAUUGUCUUGUCCGAUGUGCCGCAAAAAUUGUGUGAUACCAGAUAAAGGCAUUACUGAAUUACCAUCAAGUUACUUCAUUAAUCAGCUUCUUGAAUACACCACGGAUGAAGAGGAAUGCAAAUUGAAAGUUAACAGUUGCACUAUGUGUAAGAAGACUUCAACUGCACACUGUAUGGAGUGUACAGCGUCCCUCUGUGAACAGUGUGCUGGAAAUCACUGCAACUUGCUUCUUUGUCGAGACCAUACUGUGAUGCCUCUAGAUGUGUAUCAAUCUAUGGAUGCAAAAGACCGUGCUGCAGCUAAACCAGUUAUGUGCCCAAAACACACCGAUGUUGCUGUCGAGUUCUAUUGUGUUGGCUGUGCAUCGCCUGUGUGUUUGAAAUGCUCUGUUGUUACUCAUAAAGGACACGAUCUCCAAGAGCUGGAGACGGCAUUUGAAAACUUCAUAGAAGAUGCCAAGACAAUACUGGGUCAAUGUAAAUAUAAGGAGGAAGAAAUGGAGGAGGGAUUGGUGCAGCAUCGUCGAGAUACUGAAGCACAAAAACAGUCUGCGACAACAUGUAAACAGGAGGUGGAACGCCACGCUGAGAAGCUCCACAACCUAGUUGAGGAUGCUAAAAAGAAGUUAUUGGAAGAUCUAAACAAACGUUCAAAGUUUGCAUUGCAGAAUAGCGAGGAUGCAAAAAGAGAUAAAGAGGAGAAAAAAGUCCAACUGCAGAAUUUAACUAUGUUCAUUGAAAGCCUAAUGAAAGCCCCUCAACCUACUACAGCUCUCUUUGAUGCUAAUGAAACUCUAAAUAAAGCUAGAUUAAUUAUUGGCCGACGAGUAGCAGUAGCCCCAGGAAAAUCACAACUGCUGUCUUUAGGUUCAAUUAGGCCUACUAAAAGAAGUGCAGAUGAUAGCAAUUCGACAAAGCCAUUUUAUUUUAAAGAGGAUCAAAACCUUACUAGUUUGUUAUCCAAGUCGAUAGGAGAAAUUAAAUGUCAACAACCCAAAGAUGCAUGUGCGAGCACAUCAAAAAAAGCAAGGAUCGUAUGCUGUAGUUCUACAUCUCUCUUAUUUUCUAAUAUCGAAUAGUUUUAAACGUUGAUACCUACAAAACAAAUAUGGAUCAAAAGAAUAUUCUAACAAUUUUUCGUCAAAAAUGAUUGCAGCUUAAACAAAAAAUGCAGUACUGUAAUUACAAAUUUGACUUAAAAUUACUAGGCCUACGCAACGUAAAACAUAAUUGCAUUGCUUAUAUUAUUUACAGACCAUUUUUACUAAAUUUAAAUUACAAAAUAAGCGUGGAACUUUAUACCAUACUGUAUAAGAAAAUAAUGUGUUUAUUACCUUCCGUGUUGUAUAUUUUAGGAUUGAGAAAUAAUUAGUUUUUCCUUAAACAAUAGUUACAUUCCCAGCAACAGUAUUAGUAGUAAUAAUAAUAUUAAUAAUAUAGUAAUAAUUAUUCCCCACCCACUAACAUUUACCGUACCAGCCCUAUUUUUUAUCACUGUGAAAUAGCCACCUAUUAUAAAUAUCCCUAAACCGAAAUCUUAACCACCAUCCGGAUCAUAUUUAUAAGAAGGGUUUCAUUCGAUUUUCAGGAGGGAAAAACAUUUUUAUAUAUGUAGUUUUAGAGCGCUAUUUCUGGAUGCCAUAUUCUUAAAUUGUUUUAACAAAUGGUGGGGCUUUGGUGAGUCUGUAGGUCUACUAUCUAAAUCUAUGUAGAUACUCAUCAACGAUUGUUCAGCAUCGGGAUGAGGGCAGGGGCUUGAGAUGACCAAUUACACAGGGGUAACCCCCUACUCGUUUCGAAAGAUGUACUGGGUUCUUUAUGGUACACAUGAGCCAUUAUGUGUACACUUGGCCUACGGUUUAUAGUCCUUAUCCGAGAAGACUUGCUCCACCUCCAGAGCUAUAGGCGAGCCGUUAUAAAAUACUUCAAUUUAAAACUUCAUAUUUACACUUAAAAAAACCAAUUAAGUAAUAAAUAACAAGAAUAAG